AUGGUGCAGGGAACCAAGUACCGGGUUGAUCUAGGCGAUCUGAAUGAUCGGGUGAUGAGCUCGGCUCUGGGCUCGACGUCGGGAGUCAACGGGCUCCCAACCUCGCAGCUGCCAUCUCAAAAAGCAGAUCUCCACUGGUGGGCACUAGACUGGCGGGAACUCCUAGCUAUUGGCCCUCGACUGGCCGCGGAAGGGCAGCUUGAGAAGCCGGGCCCCAGGGAGGUCCCCAGUGGGGGCGCAGUGGCGUGA